GCAAAAAGAAAAGAUGCUAUGGGGUUUCGGAAGUUCAAUUUGAGGGGUAAAUAAAUAGCGAAAGAACUCAAAUCAUGUUGGAUUUUGGUGGAAAAUCUUUGCUGGGAUUAGGUGGCCUAAUAUUGCUCAUCCUCGGACUUGUGGACAUGAUGACGAACUUCGAGGAAAACAGAUGCGAAAUGACAUACAUGUACGAACGACCGCAGUACAUUCCUAUCAGACUGAGCAGUGCCGUGCAAACCAGGUUUCCCAAAUACCGGCUGACUGUCUACGGUGAAGGGUACUACGCAGACAUGCUGCGCAAGGGGAAGCUCCGGGGAAUGCCGGUGCUCUUUGUGCCAGGCAAUGCAGGCAGCUACCAGCAGGUCCGCUCCAUUGGAUCGGUUCUGUUCCGCAAGGCGGACUUCCAGCGGCUGCCACACCACUUCGACGUCUUUGCCGUCGACUUCAGGGACGAGCUGUCGGGGCUCUACGGCGGGCACCUCGCUGAACAGACGGAUUUUCUUCACGAAUGCGUCAAAAAGAUAAGGCACCUCUAUCGUUCAACAAAUGCCAGCCUCGUGAUUCUGGGUCAUUCAAUGGGAGGCGUGGUUGCCAGGGCAUUGUUCACGCUGCCCCAGUUUGACGUGGCAAGCGUUUCUCUCAUCUUCACCUACGCCACACCUCACAGGACUGCAGCCAUGUUGGACAGUCACCUCCAGAGCUUCUACGGGCGGCUCCACGAGACUUGGUCGCGUGAUCGUGGCAAAUUCACGGACCUCACCGUCGUCUCGAUCGGCGGAGGAGACCGGGACGUUCUGGUGCGCACCGAGCUCACCACGCUCCCCGCUCACGAAGGAGACGUGAGCGCUACGAGCACCGCAGUGCCAGCUGUUUGGGCAUCCACAGAUCACCUCUCCAUUGUGUGGUGUCAACAGCUCGUGGUUGUGACUGCGCGGGCACUCUACGAUUUGGUUGUCAAGGGGCAAAACAGGCUAACGACGGAUCCAGAUCUGAUCCGAGAAGUGGUGCGCUUCCACUUCGUCCGUCAGCCGUAUGGCAAGCAACUUCCACAACACGCUCCGCCAGAACUGGUGCGCUUCGGCCAAGGUGGCGAAUGGUCCGAGAAACUUGAGGCGUCUUGGAGGUUUCGCAAGAACAAGGUUUUGUCCGUGCAGUCUGUGGUCAUGCCAUUUUACGACAAUGAGUCCAUUGUCGUGGUUGAGACGGGCCUCAGUAAUCAAGAUUGGAUCUUUGGGUGUACAGCUACGCAAGACACAAAUGGCAGAGUCAUUUGCCUAUCCGGAAUAAGCCUGUCGCACGAGGGUGAGACGAUACCUGCCAAGACAUCUUGGGAGGAGCGCCGCGUCUUCCACACGACCUCGGCCUCCCUCAGGGCCAAGGGGGUCAAGUGUCUGCUCAUUCGAGCCUUGGCGUCUUCGUCGAGGGUCGUCGUGGUGGGCGAGCGCUACAAGAGGUCCCUGCGGACCAGACGGCUGGAGGUGCCCUCCGCGCUGUCCUCCUUUUUCGGGCCGCCCCCGACCCUCCUCAACGUCCCCCUGACGGAAGGGGCGGCCUUCUACAACCUGACGCUCUCAGGGUUCAGGCAUCUCUGGCAGGCGUACGACGUGACUCUCGCUUCCAAGGUCUGCCGUGCCGGCACGAAGGGCGAGGGGAUCGUACGCUUUGUCGUGCCUUGGAGCCAGGAGGAUCGGUUUUUCAGCAUCAAGUAUCCGCAGUCCAAGUCGAGCCGAGCACAGACGGAAAUGCCUCUCAAGAUCCAGAAUCCGUUGAGCGAGGAGGACUCUCGACGGUUUCCGUGCGUCCAACUUCAUCUCUACCUGGAUCCCGAAUGUAACUACGUCAUGACGGCACAAUUCUCCUUCCAGAGGGCGUUGGGACAGGCAGUGAAGAGAUACAUCACCAUGGUUCCAGCAUACUUGGUAGCCCUGAUGCUGGCUGCACUCAGCGUGCAGCUCUGUUCCAUAUCCGACACGGGUCUGUGCUUGCCCUUUGACCGAGCUCUCAACCUGGCAAGCACCUUCGCGGCUCUCGUGCUGCUUCCUGCAUUCUUUGAGUGCAUACUCUGGCCGCUCGUGAGCAUGGUGUGGCCGGAACCCGACAACGCAGGGUCGUCCGGCUUCCUAGAAAACCUCGCACUGAGGACCGGCCUCUAUUCGGCGGCGUACGGACUCACCGCCGCCCUCGGGCUAGCCUUCACCGGCGUCGUCGUCCUGUCCGGACACCUCCUUACCAAAGUCGAGACAAUCAACAGGUACCAGACAAAGCCGUUGCCGGCUCCCAAGGAUAUGUCCUGGUCGAAGAGCACCCUGUCCGUCGUGUUAGUCCUGUUUGUCGUGGCCAUCCUGACUGCCACCGCCGUUUCUUUGGUCCUCGGCUACCUCAUCUACGGAUUCAAGGUGGCCUUGUUGUGCGGCCAACAGAGAAUGCUGGAAGACCGUAGGGGCAAGAGUGGCCCGACGUCGGGCUGGAGGCUGCACGUGACCAUUUUAAUGCUGUGGGCUUGCGUGAUGCUAGUGGCCAUGCCCUCCUUCCUAGUCUGGGCGAGGGGCCUGGGCUUCUUCCUGCGGCUAGCGGACGACCCACACCUCGCCUACACUGCAGCCAUCUUGGCUGCGUCGGGAGUCGUCUGGCAGGCUGGUGUUCCAUUAACACACAGGUUCUACUACAAAGCCACGCACUGCUGCAUUUACGGCAUGGCAAUACUCACCGUGCUCUACAGCACAGUGACUCUCUACAGGAUUGCCUACGCCGCGUCGGCCGCCCAUGCUGCGCUUGCGCUGCAGCAAGCGCUAGGUAGGGACUCUAGCGUCAAGACUGUCUGACCCCCGACAGAGUCAUCGUUCGACGACCAGAGCUGCUGCGGCUGAUCUCCGCUUACGGCCGCGUUGUCGACGUAGCCUGCGGCGCUCUGGGCAGCUUGGAGCGUGCUGCGGGGAAGUUGACAACGAUGACGUGCCUCGCAACAGAAAGAACGGCGUCCCCUGCUUAAAGCGUAUUUGCUUCCUUGUGUCGGGCGAACAAAGAGGUACAAAGAGCUUUGCACAGGAAACUUAAACUCCCAAAAAGCUUUCUCUUUUGUUAAAGGUGCACUAAAGCGGUUUCCGGGAUUGUCUGCUUAUACAUAGUUUGCAAGUGUCGCCAUUGCUGGGUACUAACUAGGGAUGCCGCGAACCACCCUAGGUUCGAAUUCGAAAGGUUUCAAUAUUUUCGAACCAAACUGAUGUUCGAUUUCGAAAAGUUUCGAUAUUUUCGGCCGUAGGGAGGUUCGAAUUCGAAAAGUUUGCAACUUUCCAAAAUCGUGGAGUUUCGAAUUCGAAAAGUUCGAAGCUUUCACGGUUUCUAAAAGUUCGGGUUCGAUUAUUUUGAAUAUUUGUUUACUUGAGGUUCGAUAAAUUCGAAAAUUUCGAACUUCCCUAAUUUGAAAUUUGAGAGAUUCGAAUUUCUUUGGAUCUAAAAUUCAAACGUUUCGAAUUGUUAAAGACAUAAAGUUUGAUAAAUUCGAAGAUUUAGAAUUUCUUUCUACAUAAAGCUUACAAAGUUUGAAAGUUUCGAUUCUCUUUUAAAGCUAAAUUAAAAAAAAAAAAAAAAA